UCAGCCGCACCAGCUUGUUCCAGAAGUUUCUCUGCACGGUUUGCAGCUCGGCGGCAACGCGCGGACACUUCUGUGUGAGGACGUUGCUUUGCGUUGUGUGGUUUAAGUCAAGUGACAUUUUUUUUUCUCCUCGUCUCGGUGCAGAGCAGAAAGCUGUCUACUGUCAUUGCGACAAGUGAGGGACGCUAACCUUGACCGUUAUAUCUAGCCAGCUACUGCACGCAGCAGUGACAGCUGCGGCGGCGAAGCGGGGACACACGCUGGAAGUGUUGCUGGCACUGAGCAGAAACUGAAGCGCCUGCGUUGAUGAUGUUCUUAUGAAGUGGUAGAAGAGCAAACCGGUCACUGUAAUGGGUAAAGAUUACUACAAAGUGUUGGGGAUAGCCAAAGGUGCGUCCGAAGAAGAGAUAAAAAAGGCGUACAGAAAACAGGCCCUGCGCUACCAUCCCGACAAGAACAAGUCUCCCGGAGCAGAAGAUAAAUUCAAGGAGAUUGCUGAAGCCUAUGAUGUCCUCAGUGAUGGCAAGAAAAAGGACAUUUAUGAUCGCUUUGGAGAAGAAGGAUUAAAGGGUUCAGCUGGUGGUGGAGGUGGAGGACACAGCGGUCCAAGUUACAACUACACCUUCCAUGGGGACCCUCAUGUAAUCUUCGCUGAGUUCUUUGGAGGCCGCAGCCCGUUCGAUCACUUCUUCGCACAGAAUGGGGAGGAUGAUAUGGACAUCAAUGACCCCUUUACAGCAUUUGGCAUGGGAGGAAUGGGUGGCUUGGGUGGGUUUCACAGGUCCUUUAAAUCCCACCCUGGAGGCCCUCACAGAGCACAUGAGAAGAAGAAGGACCCGCCCGUGGUGCACGAGCUGAAAGUGAGCCUCGAGGAGGUUUUCUCAGGCUGCACCAAAAAGAUGAAGAUUUCACGCAAGAGACUGAACCCGGACGGCUGCACCAUGCGUAACGAGGACAAGAUUUUAACAGUCGACAUCAAACGAGGCUGGAAGGAAGGGACAAAAAUCACCUUUCCCAGGGAGGGGGAUGAAACUCCCACCAACAUUCCUGCAGAUGUGGUGUUUGUGGUCAAAGAUAAACCCCACCCGGUGUUCAGAAGAGAGGGCUCAGAUAUAAUUUACCCUGCAAAAAUAUCACUCAGAGAGGCAUUAUGUGGCUGCACAGUCAACGCCCCGACACUGGAUGGCCGGACCAUCACUGUGACCUCCAGAGAUGUUGUCAAACCUGGAAUGAAAAAGCGCAUUGUUGGAGAAGGGCUGCCGCUAUCCAAGUACCCUGAGAAGAGGGGUGACAUGAUCCUGGACUUCUCUGUCAAAUUCCCUGACAAACUAGGCCAAAAUACACGUGAUGCACUCAAGCAGAUCCUUCCACCAUGACUUGAAAUGAUGAAAAGUUCGCUCAAAAAUAUAACAGGUCUACAUGUACAGUGACACUCUCCUGUGUAUCAUCGCAUUUCAGCCUGGACAGUUGAGGCAAAGGCAGAUAUGGUUCUGGCUGGGUUUAAUUUUACUGUCUGAACACCAAAUCCACAUUCUUACCUAAUAUCCAGUCAGUUUAAUGAGUGUCUUAAGACUUGGAAACAGACAGAACAGCUGACAUUUUGGUUUGUUUGUGCAUUCAGCUGACUUUGAGUAACAGUAUUAAGUAACAGCCUGCCUCAAUAUCAGAUUCAAGUGAGAAAAGAUUUAUAUAUAGAUAAUCGUACAGUGUGUCAAGCGAUGGGUUAUGGUUUGGCUGCAAGCAGGAGUCAAACCAGAGAAACCAUGAGUGGUGUUUAGAGUUCACUGAAUUGUACCACUUGAAAUUUGAGUUUAGUACCACAGGAUUUGGUUUUACUGCAGCAGUUUGUGGGGAGUGCUUUAAGGUAGCACGCAGCUGGCUAAUUAACAAUACCUCAGGUGCAUUGGCGCAUGCUUGAAUGUAGCUAUAACUACAUUAAUCAGCAAGAUAUUUUGGUUGCUGUUAGGUAAAACAAAGACUUAAAUACUUUGGAGCUUGAGAAGUGAAAACUUAAAUGUUUUUUUUAAAUGUGGAUGCACUGAUCUGAUCAGUGGUAUCAGCGCUAACACUAUCCUUAGUAAGCAGAUCAGCAGUAGCCAGAUGUGACAAAGCAGCAUUAAAUACAGUUUCAUUGUUAAAGUCAUUAUAAAAAUCAGUUUCAGCGUUCAGUUACAAUAUUUGUACGGCUACACUCUUAUAAACUGUCUGGAAAAAAUAUACUAAAAAUACACAGAAGCCUAAAAAUGCUGGUGUGUGGACAUUUCCAGUUGUAAUAUAGCAGUGUAAAGUUUCAGUUACGUAACCUUACACAUGAAUGAUCCCAGUCAGUUCCACACAGCAAUGUAGCAUUAUACAAAUUUUAAAUUUAGGGAGCACUUCUAUCAGAUUGAUACUCUUUAUCAGCAGAGUGAGUUAACGCAUCAAUGUGUCCCUGGUGUUUAAGAUAGCACAUCUUGCAAAAUGUUUACUUUAACCAGGAAUACACACUUUAUAAUGUAAAAUAUUUGACUUUUUGUGCCAAAUAAUUGUCCCCAUGUAAUUAUGUGUAUGUAUGUGUGUGUAAAAGUAUGUCGACAGCAUGUGGGUGUCCUGUCACGUGUGACUGACAAAUUACCAAAAGCUAUUUACUUCAUUCGUAUCUUCUGAAGAUGCACAACGUAUGUAUGAUAUUUCAGUUUGUCCUCGUGUUAUUACUCCUAUUGCUUAUUUAAUCUAAAGCCAGUGAAUUUUUUUUUCUUCUUCUUCUUGUUUUUUUUCCUUUUUUAUGCGACAUGGUGUGACCCUGGUACAUUACCGUAGUAUCAGGAUAAAUAAUGCAGGGAUUGAGAUGUGAAAAUAAGUUUGAGCCCCCAAUUUAAAGGCCUGCAGAAUAUAUUUUUGUUUGAUUAUUCUGUCUUAUAUCAUGCCUUCUCUUAUAGCUCUUACCAGACAGCAUUCUCUCCAAUCUGGGAAAUAUUUAGUUUGACAGUGCAGAAGGAAAACAAAAACUGUUGAACUCUGUGUUUCAUUUAACCCUGUGCAGCUUUGACUGCAGUGAUGAUGGAAGUCAGUUGACCAGUUGGUUUAAUUUGCACAUUAAGUAUUAUUAGUGUUAAUGUGACUGUCAGAAGGACCAAAGCAAAUUUCGUGAUGGUCCUUACUUGCCUCAUCCUGCUCCUGCUGGAGUUUUAAGUUUCUAAUUGACACAAACAUGUGGUUUAACAUGAAUGUAGAGAUGUGUAAUCUCUGUAAUGUUUACCUUUUUUGUUUUAAAAAAGGAUUUUUUUUUUCUCACAAAUGUCUUCCUUUUGAAGGGAAAAAAGUUUAAGCAUUCUUUUUGUUUUACCUCUAUGUAGUUUUGGAAUUUUUCAGGACGCGAUUCAGGAUGUUAUUAUUUUUCACUACAAAGCUUUUAUGAAUUGAUAAUGGGAUGAAAAUUUUUAAUAGAUAUUUCCUAUGGUGUGAUAAUCUGCAUUUCCACAUUAAAGAAACUGGCAAAUA